AUGAGCGACAAAGAGCUGAAGAGACUGCUGAAAGAGUACAACGUCUUCGAAGAGUUGGAUAAUGGUAAAGUAAGCUAAUAUUUUCCUCGAUUCGAACUUCCAUUUUCAGUUGAGAUGCACAUUGACUGGUCAUGAACUACCUAACAGAGCAAACGAUGUUAAAAACUAUGUUACAACGAAGCGCUUUGUCAAUGAAUGGCUAAUCAAAAAGGUUAUGGACAAGUAUGAGCAGUAUUUCGAAAAUCUGGGGUAAGUUCUUGAAAGUAUUUCUGAUUUUGGGUUUAGAAACAACCUGUUCGGGUGCAAAUUGACCAUGAAGACGAUUGCCAGAAAGGGAAAAGAUUUGGAACAUCAUGUUAAUGGGCAGAAGUUUGUCAAGUGCUUAAAAAUUGGUAGGUUUGUAUUCUUCAUUCAGUGUAUGGUCAGAACAGACUCAUAUUGUGUCAUUGCAGCAGCGAAUCUGUCGUAAAAGUAGUCUUGCACUUAUAGAAACAUUUCUAAAUCUUUUGAAUUUCAGCACAGGAGAAACAAGCGGCGGAAGAAGCUAAACAAGGUGGAUCUGAUGGUGAACAAGAGAAAGAAGUCGAACCAGAUGUGGAAAUGCAGUCAGACAAGUCAGGAAGUGAUGAGGAGGCUGCUCCACCACCUCCGAAACCCAAGGCGGGACAGAAGAGGAAGUUGAAUGUGAAGCGGAAGAGUGGUAAGGUCACCAAGAAGGUCUAG